AUGGCAAUAUCAGCCCAAGUUCCUGGCAUUCAGUUCCGAACAAUGGAAGCAUGUGACAUUGACGGGGUCACUGACAUCAUAUCGAAAGCCUUCACUCAGAGAGAGCCGCUGACAACAUGCCUUGGAAUACCCAGGGAAAAAGAUUUCUUUGAGACGAGAGCAGUUUGUCAAUUAGCAGCAAGAGAUGGGGUCUCUGUGGUUGCUGUGGAUACGACGUCAAACAAAAUCAUCGGUGUAGCAUCGUCAAUCAUCGUUAACAGUAAUCCCGAACCCCUUGAUAUCCCAACUGAAGUUUUAAAAAUGUACGAACCUAUUUACGCGCUCAUAGACAAGAUGCAGAAAGUAUUUCACGAUUCACCUACUUAUAAAAAUAACCCUGGGUCUAAAGUGAUAUCAGCUAUGAAGUUGGGAGUGCAUCCGAAAUAUACUGGCAGGGGAAUCGGUACGAAGCUGCGUCAAGCUACCACAGAUUUGGCACAGAGUCGAGGCUACCAUUUUGUCACAGCGGUGGCGACUGCUCCUGAAAGUCAGCGAAUCUACCAGAAACUCGGUUUCCAGCAACUUUACGAUCUUAAGUACUGCGACUUUGAGAUGAAAGGAAAUCGACCAUUUGCUCAGCUCGGCACUUUAUCGGCGGAACUGUAUUAUAAAAAGUUAUUUUAA